AUGAAUUUCCAAAGCGACAUCUCUGCUCUGAAUCAAGACAUCAUAGUUGAGCGGCUACUUCGUAGCCAUGAUCCAGACGGUCGAUGGGUUGAUUCCGAUAUGCUGCUUCAAGACGUCGAAACUAUCUUGAGCCCUCUGGAAAAUGAUAUUUCUAAGCCGCUUUUGACAGAGAAUUGUAUGACCAACUUUGAAGUUUUUGAAUCAAAGGAAACAAUACCAUACGCCAUCUCCAGAAUCUCCGUUCAGAUGCUUUGUCCAUGCAAGGGAGAAAAUGAGAUCCAGGAAAGAACAAUGGUUUUAUUUGAUCUUCUGAAAAAAUACAGAUGGGAUGCAAAAGCUUUUUUAGUACUAGGAGCCCUUGCUGCAGCAUAUGGAGGACUAUUGCUACCAGUUCAUCUAGCCUUCAGUGAUCCCAUCGCAGCAUCAAUUGCAACACUCAACCAAUUGCCAAUUGAGAAAACCAAGUUCAGACCAUGGUUAAACUCUCUAAUCCUGCUUGUUAAAGCUAUGGUGGACGUAACCAAAUGCAUCACUGAGUUUGAAAAACUUCCAUUUAAACAAGCGAGACUAGACAACGACAUUGUGGGAGAAACCAUGUCUAACAUCUGUUUGGCUACUUACCAUGUUGUCAAAAGUGCACUUGCAUGCCUGCAGCAGAUUCAUUAUUUCAAGCAAACCCAGCAGGCAACAGAACCAAGGAGAGCAGCAGGGGAACUUUCUAGUUUGGGAUAUCAAUUGCGCAACAUGCAUAUCCACCUCAAUAAGCAGGUAGAAGAAUGCGGUUUACAAAUAGAGGGAGAAAUCUAUCAAAAACUUAGAAACAUUAACACUGAGACUCAUGAAGACAACCAAGAGGUACUCCAACUACUUUUUUCUCUACAAGAUGAUGUGGUACUUCAACAAUACUCCAGACAGAUAAGUAUAACUGAGCUGAAAGAAAAGGUAAUAUUGCUGCUAUUAUCAAAGCCAGAACUCUUACCCAUAGAGCCAUUUCACUUCCUGCUUCAACAGUUAUAUGAUCGUCCAUCCAACACCAACACAGAGCAAAACUAUGAAAUCUUAUGGAUUCCAAUACCAACAUCCCAAAAAUGGACAGACGAAGAGAAGAAAACCUUCAAUUUCUUUUCCAAUUCACUUCCAUGGAUCUCAGUAAGGCGCCCAUGGUUGAUGAGCUCCACAGUACUGAGAUUUUUUAGAACAGAAUGGCCGUAUAGAGAUGGUGAGACGAUGGUGGUGGUCAUGGAUCCUAAUGGGAAGGUUGUGAACAUGAAUGUCAUGGAUAUGGUAUUGAUUUGGGGUGUUAGGGCUUAUCCAUUUUCAAUUUCCAGAGAAGAUAAGCUUUGGGAAGAAGAUGGAUGGUCCUUGCAGCUCUUGCUUGAUGGCAUUCAUCCUGUGAAAGAAGGCAGAGAAAUCUGCAUAUUCGGAAGCGACAAUUUGGAUUGGAUAGACGAAAUUACGUCACUAUCACGGAAACUUCAAAAUCACAGAUUCAAGUUUGAGCUGAUUUACCUCAGCAAACGCACAAUAACCUUUGCAUCAGCCAUGGAAGAGAGCUUCAUCCUGUUCAGUCCAGAUAUACAACAACUCUUCAGGCUCCGAUUAGAAAGCAUCAAACGAUCUAAACUCAAGCGAAUUGAAUCAUCGAAGCCCGAUCGCGUGUUUGAAGAAGUCACCCAACUACUUGACUUCGAUUACAGUAAACACAAGGGUUGGGCCGUCAUCGGAAAGGGAUCAGCGGCUGGGACGGAGAAAAUCGUCGGAGAGAAUCUGACGAAGAGGAUGAGGCGGAUCCUGCGGUGGGGAGAGUACGCUUCGGCUGGUUUCACGGAGGCGAUUCAAAUCGCGGAGGAGAAGCCGUGUGAACAGAGUCACACGGUGGUGGUUCUGUUUGAGGAAGGUUCGUUGACGAUGAAAGUUGUCACGUGCGAGAAAUGCAAAAGGCCCAUGAAGAAGUUUGUCGCCUAUCAGUAA